GUGCAAAUGGGUGGUGGAGAGUCACACGUGGAUGCCGUCAUCGUGAAGCUGAUGUCAAAACACGGCAGGCAGAUGCGGGCAUCUGCUGUGAAAGUCCUUGCCGGCUCGGGAGGCUUUAAUUUGAGCGCAGCAACCAGAUGGUGGACAAGAGGAUUAGUGGGGGCUCUAAGCCUUUGUCAUCUGCUGCUCCACCACACACACCGAGGUUACAGACGGAGAUGGAUAGUAUUUGUUAGAUGCUACCUCAAAACAAAUUGCAACAAGAAGAUUCGUUCUCUGUGUCUUCAUUCCGCGUGUUGCGUCUUAUUGGAACUGAUAUCUGCUGGAAGAAAAUCUGGUAUGUACCAAAUGGGCAUUUGCUCAAGAAUACGGUGAAGGAAAUUUCAAUUUAUUUGACAACUGUAUACUGUAUAUAUGCAACCCCUGAUAUUGUUGGAUUUUUUUCGCCAUUUUGCACACUAUUUUUCUGUUAUUUCAUGUUUUGAAUAAGUUCAGGAACCUCACAUACUGUUGUGUACUUUUUUCUUUUUCCUUAUGAUAAAGAUUACUAUUGUUUUUUUAUUAAUGGAUAAGCGCAUAUUGCGGCAGCCGCCAUGAUGUCACUUCCGCUUGUGCCGCCGCAUAAGCGGAAAGGACGCGCCGAGAUCUCGUAUGUUGUCGCGACAUUUAAACACCGAAAUGAUAUUUUUUUACAUAAUCCAUUUCGAGUCCAUUAAUAUUGACUUUUUCAUAUUUCUAUUCUAAUUUCAAGAGAUUUUUCAACAAUAAUACAGUCAAUGGAAGAAAAAUACGCGCUUUAUCUAAUUAUAUGUGUAAUAAUUACUUCAUGCUAAUUCUUAACGCGUUGUUCUACCAUAUUCCUUCGACUAAAAAUAAGAGACUGAAAAUAUGACCACUUGUACGGUUUGAUGAAGAUGUAAUUUGCCAAAUCCAACAGAAGAAAAGUAUUCAAAGAAGUGAAAGGCGUGUCCAGCCACGCCCAUAAUGACGCACCUGUUCAAUAGAAGGAAGCCGAGGUUCGAAGCUCUGUUCAAUUAAAGUAAGACUCACUGAAAAUGUUUCUCUUGGCGUAGUUGGCACAUGUCGUGAGAACAUGAUCGAAGAAUACCACAUCGUCGCUGUUUUAUUGCUAUUUAGCAUUCCUGGAGUCGACAGCAAAGAGAUUAAUCAUGGGUUGAAACUUACUAAGUAUUCCAUUGUGCAACCUCGGCUGCUCCCCGAACAGAAAUCUGAGGAGUAUAAGUCGUAUAUCCUAAAAAUCGACAAUCGUCCUCACAUUCUUCACCUGAAGAGAAACAGAGACUUUUUACAUCCGGAUUUUGUUCGGAAUCAUUUUAAUUUGGCUGAUCAUCACACAGCUACACGUCCCAAAUCUGUGCAUUGUUUUUAUCACGGAGAGGUGGAAGGCGACGAGAAUUCGGUGGUUGCGCUCAGCACGUGCCACGGAUUGAGGGGCGUGAUCCUUUUAGCAAACGACAGCUAUGGACUGGAGCCCGUGCCGCUGUCCCCCACCAACGACCACCUUCUGUACCGACUAGCCGACGUUCGGACGGAAGCCGUCACCUGCGGCGUGGUCCUCGAGGACGCGGCCGCUCCCAAGCGUCAAGCCUUUGAGCCCGCGCAGGCCAUCUCUGCUCUGCUGCGGAAGAAACGCAAUUUACCUCAGACCAGAUACGUGGAGCUGGUCAUGGUUGUGGAUCAUCUCAGGUAUCAGUUCAAGCGAGGAAAUGAGACGGCCAUACUCGAGGAGAUGGUGGAAAUGGCCAACCUGCUGGAUGGGUAUUACAAGCAGCUGAACAUCCGCGUGGUGCUGGUGGGCCUGGAGAUUUUUAGCCAGGCCAACCCCUUCCAAGUGGACGACUCCGCCGGCAACGUGCUACGCGGCUUCGUCAAGUGGAGGAAGUCCCAACUCUUGCCCAAGAAGCGGCACGACAUCGCUCAACUCGUGGUCGGUCGGCCCAAUUCGUACCCGGGAGGCGUGCUGGGGAUGGCUUUCGUCGGCACGGCGUGCUCGGCCGCCACCUCCGGGGGAAUCAGCGUGUUUGGCGACGACGAGCUGAUCUACACCUCCAGCGUCGUGGCCCACGAGAUUGGUCACAACCUGGGCAUGACUCACGACGACAACCGCUGCAGCUGCGAUGGGGGAAGUUGCAUCAUGGCGGCCACUGCCAGCGGCGCCACGAGCUUCAGCCGCUGCAGCGGCGAAGAUUUCCAGGCGCUCGUCGUCAGCGGAAGAGGGGUGUGUCUGAUAAACCAGCCCUCCCUCUCGGACGUGGUCGGCGCCGCCGAGUGCGGCAACGGCUUGUUGGAAGAAGGCGAGGAGUGCGACUGCGGCACGCCCGAGGAAUGCCAGAAUAAAUGCUGUGACGCCGCCACUUGCAAACUCACCUCCGGCUCGGCUUGCGCUCAUGGGAGCUGCUGCAGUGACUGUCAGCUCCGAGUGGCCGGGACGCCCUGCAGGGGCUCGGUGGACGCGUGUGACCUUCCCGAGUUCUGCAACGGCACCGGCGCCUUCUGCCCCGACGACUUCUACAUCAUGGAUGGCCAGCCCUGUCGGGACGAGGCGGCGUACUGCUACGAGGGCCGAUGCCAGACGUACGACUCGCAGUGUCGAGCCCUCUUCGCACCAGAUCCGGCGACAAAGGCGGCAGAUGUUUGCUUUCUGCAUGCCAACAUGCAGGGAAACCUGUUCGGGAACUGCGGGAUCACCAGCACUGGAGAUCGCAUCAAAUGUGCUUUGGCGGACGCCAUGUGCGGGAAGGUGCAGUGCACCAACGUGGACGUCAACCGCCCGCCUCCGGGUGCGCAGGUCAGUAUCCAGAUCAUCAACGGGUCCACGUGCGUCAACGCCGACUUCAACUUGGGGCCGGAUGUGCUGGAUCCCGCCUACGUCAACCCCGGGAGUCCCUGCGCUGAAGGAAAAACCUGUCUGGAUUUCAAGUGCGUCAACGCCUCGUCCCUGCGGCCCGACUUGGACUGCGACGACGCUCGGACGUGCAACGGCCACGGGGUGUGCAACGACCAAGGGCACUGCCACUGCGACGACGGCUGGAGCCCGCCCAACUGCAACCGGGCGGGGAUGGGCGGCAGCAUUGACAGUGGCCCCCCCAAGAUAGACUACUCCCUCAGGGACGGCCUGUUGAUCUUCUUCCUCCUCGUCGUGCCGCUGCUUGUUCUUCUCAUCCUGGUGCUGCUGUUCCUCUUCCGGAGAGAUGCGCUCAAACCCUGCCUCAGACAAGUUGGCCGUUUCAGGCCACAUGACGGAAGCGCCAACGGACACUCGGACCGCAAUACUGAGACGCGUGCUACCUCUCGUAGGCCAACGGAAGCCCCCCCACAGACGCUUUCGUAUCCACCGGCUGCUUCAGCUCCAAUAUCAGGUUUCAGGUAUGGAGAGCUUGAUUACUGGAACACGGAUCCAAACACUACCUCUGCACGUCCCCAACCUCCCAGUCAAGGCCCUGGCGUCCCCAAAGCGAUUCCCGCCCCACAUCCACCAAACUAAAAUCAGUUUUGUUUUUUUGUGGUGGUAUAUUCUUCUGUUAUGCUGACGGUUAUUUACAGAAAAAAAAGCACUCUGAAGUCUUGAAACUGAUCACUCUAUCAUGGAAAAUGGCAUCAUGUUACUGGAAUAUUACUGCGAUGUAUGUUAUGGAAUCAGAUGUACUGUAUAUAUAUUUGUCUAUUUAACAAACAAUUUUAAUGAUUUUGUGAAUUAAAGGAAACUGCUAUUGUAAUAUGUGCUUGACAGUUGAGUCUUAAGUGAGAUGGGAAUAUGCGAGUGGCUGAUAUGGCUUUAAAAUGAAAUGUUAUAUAUA